AUGUGCGGUAUUCUGUUCUACCUCCAUAAAGUAGCUCAGUGUCAGAACGAUGCUGCAUGGAACAAUUUGUUCCAUCGAUUACGAGACGCAAACGCAGCUCGAGGGCCGGACGCGCAAGAGACCGUCGUCCAAAAUAUAAGUGACGUUCAUAUGACUUUCUUUGCCUCAGAGUUGCGCCUUAGAGGCGAUGCAUAUAUUACGCAACCUCACAGAGACGAACAUGGCAAUGUGCUAUGCUGGAAUGGAGAAGUCUCCUCGGAGGAGAAUGAUGGCGCGAAGCUCUUCGCAGAGCUACAGCGCACCCAGGCACCCGAACAGAUCCGAGAUCUUCUUGGUAGCGUGGAGGGACCGUGCCCGACUACGGAAUCCCCUAGGCUGAUUCUUGUGUCCGUAUCGGUCGGCCAGUGUCCGGAGUACUCGCUGGACGAGUUACCGACAGAUGCCUUCUUUUACGUCGACAUACCUUCACUCUCGGACGGAGAUCGAGUGCUGAGCUUUCCCGCAGUUAGUCGAUAUUUUCUCAUCGCUCACCUUGCUCCCGUCAAUCGUACUAUACCAGACAACCCGCCUGUAUCGGGCGAUCUUGACAAGCCAUCUGAGCAACUAGCUGUUGCCGCUGAUCUGCUCCUCGGCCAUCUGGACGAGAGCGUCCGUCUGCGCACUGACAGUGAGGAUCAAGGCAAAGCUCGGAUAGCAGUGCUCUUCAGCGGCGGGAUCGAUUCAACGGUGCUCGCUUUCCUGGCAGAUAGGCACGUUGAUCGCGACGAACCCAUCGAUUUACUGAAUGUUGCAUUCGAAAACCCGCGAAAAAUCCUCGUACAAACAGAAGGCAACAUCGGUGGCCUGCCUAAAAGAGAGAAGAAGCAGAGGCUUAAAGACCGUAUAGACUACUCGACCAUCGAUGUCACGUAUAAUGUUCCAGAUCGAGGUACAGGUCUGCAGGAGCUUGAAGAAUUGAGGAGGUUGUGUCCUCAUCGAACUUGGAAUCUUGUCGAGGUUAAUGUGCCAUUUGAGGAAUACACGGACGCGCGAACCGUGAUUGAGAACUUGAUGUUCCCUGGGCGGACCGUUAUGGACCUUGUGAGAUGUUGUUCCGAGCACACUCUGGCUGCCGCCCUCUACUUCGCCGCGCGAGGAGAGGGCCAAGUACGCAGCGUUGCUACGGCUAAAGCAAGGCCGUACAAAAGUUCGGCUCGGGUGUUGCUCAAUGGCUUGGGUUCUGACGAGCUUCUUGGCGGGUACGGCAGAUUCCGCACUGCCUUCAAGGCAGCGGGCUGGCAGGCAAUCAUAGAUGAGCUUCAACUAGAAUUACAUCGGAUACCUACAAGAAACUUGGGGCGCGAUGACCGGGUCAUUUCAUCUCACGGGAAGGAGACAAGACAUCCAUUCCUGUCGCUCUCUGUUGUUUCUUUCUUAUCGAGCUUGCCGGUCCAUAUGAAGUUGGACCCACGUCUGGAGGCCGGAAUAGGAGAGAAGAUGUUGCUCCGAAUUGCGACAAGGAAGGUCGGGCUUGUUGAAGCAAGCAGCAGGAAGAAGCGUGCGAUGCAGUUUGGAAGUCAUUCGGCAAGGAUGGCUCCGGGAGAGGAUGAUAAGAAAGGGGACUUCCUGCUGAAAGAAUAA